AUGCUCUGCAAAUGUGGGAAAAAUGCUACUCAUUACGAGACAAAAAAAGAAGGUCCCAAUAAAGGGCGCUGGUUUUAUUCUUGCCCUCUUAGAAAAUGUGGCUUUUUCCUUUGGGACAACUCUUCUUCCUCUUCAAACACAUCCGGAACUGCUGUUCAAACCGUACCAUCUGCUCCGAAGCCUCAGAAAACUACAAAUAUCUCUUCAACCAAUACGACUUCUAAUAAAUCGUCCAAUUCGUCCGCAGAUACUUCUACGAGCGGUUCAAGGAUUCUUCCUGAUUGGGGCAAGCAAAAUGUUCAGCCAAAUAAUACCCAGAAAAUUAAACAAUUAGUCCCUCAGCAAGAUAAAGUGGAUAUAUAUUUUUGUAUUUUCGACAAAAAUAAAUUUAUUGUACGUGGUUAUCAUCCAAAGCUAGUAUCAUUAUGGAAAGAAAUUCAAAACUCUCUUUUUAAUGUGUCUGAACGAGGCUGGGUGAUACCACUAUCACAGUACCAGAAUUGUAUGCAAAAAUUAAGGAACGUCAAGGAUUUAAAAAUGAAUAUUCAUGAAUUCCCACCAUACGUUGUCAAAUUAUUUUGUAAUAUAGAUGAUAUUGAGGCUAAACGAAAUGAUGCUGUGCGCGAGAUUCAUGGAAAAAUUCCUUCUGAAUUAUGGGAUACUUUGAUGAGUUUUCAGAAAGAAGGUGUAACUCAAGCGAUAAUGAGGAAUGGUCGUAUUUUACUCGUCAUAUUUCAUCUUAAGGAUAAAAUUAAUCGCCCUACCCCCAAAUUCGUAAUCACCAGCUACGAUUGUGCUGCAAAACUAGGUGGUGAUUUGGCUGAUAAAUUUAGCAUUGUUAUAACAGAUGAGGCGCAUUAUUUAAAAAACAAAGAUGCAUUAUCAAAACCUAUUGAACUUUUCUCGUUGGCCAAUGCUCUGGAUAAAACAACUUUUUCUACGGAAAUCCGAAAAUUGAAGAAGGAGUCUGAAGAACUUUAUGGAAUUGCAAAAAAAUCAAACGGGCAAAUGAAAAAGGAUGCUGAAAUGAAAGGGAAAGCAUUGCUGGUGCAAAUGACUGGUCGUUCAAAAGUUCCUGCGAUUCAGGAGUAUUUAUCUGAGAUAUAUGAAAAUUCAGAAAAGAAAUUUAUUGUGUUUGGACAUCAUUUGGAGGUUCUUGACGCUAUUACUGAUUAUUUUUCAGCAAAACUUAAUGCUAAAUUUAUUCGUAUUGAUGGCAGUACUAAUCAGCAACAUCGUCAAGCUUUAUGUGAUCAAUUUCAAGAAGACAAAAAAACGCGGAUAGCUGUUCUUUCCCUUACGGCGGCUAGUACUGGUUUAACACUUCAUGCGGCCGAUUUGGUACGUUCCAAACUACGGGUUGUUGGUAAAAUGUUGGACAAUGAUUUUGGUAAAGUCACAAUGGACGAGGGAACUUCUUUUGGUGCCGCGGCCCCUGACAUUCUUUCCUGGUUUGAACAAGCAGACGAAUCAAAUAAUCUCCUGCUUGAUGAUAGCGCUAACGAAUCAAAUAAUCACCCGCUUGAUGAUAGCACUAAAUCAAUUCCACAACCGCAAGAUGAUGAUCUCUUUAAUUGGCCGUAUGACUAUGAUAAUGAUAUAUCGGUUAUAGACUUGACCACACCAUCAUUAAAUAGUUCUCAGAUCUCCCAAACGCAUAGCAAUAAUAUAAAUAUUAUCGAUUUGGAGUCUGAGACAACGGAAAAACACGAACUUUGUAAUAGCAACAAUAAUUCCAAUGAGAGAGAGGCAGAAUAUGAUGAAUCUAUUUGGCAGUGUUGGGAUCAAAAAGAUUACA